AUGGUCCAGAAAAUCGCCGAGCGGCUCGGCUGUGAGUUCUACCACGCCGACUCCGGCACGGCCCCGGAGAAGGAGCAGGUCUUGCAUCGCUGGCACCGUGGUGAGCACAAGGUCAUCGUCGGGACCAGUGCGUUCGGCAUGGGCGUCGACUACGCGCACGUUCGCGACGUAAUCCACUUUGGCUUCCCCGACGACGCCAUCAUGUUCUCCCAGGCGGUUGGUCGGAUUGGUCGGGAUGGCCACGGCGGGAAUAGCAUCGUGCUGCUGCCACGCCACUUCCGUCCGAUUGACGAUGAGACAUGGGAGCGGGAGAAGCACAUCACGCCGCUCGGUCGACGGGUGAUGCAACGUUACGUCACGGGACGCUGCUGCAAUGCGGUCUUGAGUCGCUACAUGGACGGUCCCGAGCAGAUGCAGUACU